AUUACCAGCGGAGAGACACGGGUGGAGAAAUGGAGCGUACUUUUUGGUGAUUGAGGGGGACCUACUCUGACUCCCGCAGGCAGAAGCGGUAGUUCUCUCCCAAGGACAAGCAUAUGUUUCCAAAUUCCACCCUGGGUGGUGGACAUAUCUGGAUACUGGAUAUUAAUUAGCUAAACAUAAAUGAAAAUCGCCUGGAACGACAGCAAGGCAAUCCCGGAAAUAACAGACGUACCCUCAGCCGGUCACGUAGGCUGCGCUACUGGAGCUCUGCGUUCCAGAUAGAAACAUCAUCUCAAGCUUCAGAAUAUCAGAAAACAUUUAAAUAUAAGACAAAUGUGAAAAUAUUUCAAGAAAAACCACGAAUGAAAGAAACUGAGGCAUAUUCGGAGCUAUUCGGACUUUUUAAUAUGAAACUUUCCAACGCUGCGGCACCGCUCCUCUCUCGCAGACUCGGCAGUUGUACUACACACCCUCUCGCACAGUGGCUCUGGUAAAAAAUGAGGCGAGGACGUGGGCUACGUGCACAUCCAGCACUAGACGAGAUGAAAUGGAGAGCUUGGAACACACGGACCUUUUAAAUCCAAGCUCUUCCCACGGACAUCGCAGUUUUUCAGCCUCGCAUGAGAGAGUGACAAACGGUGAACACAUAUUCGGAGCUGCCGAGCAUCACCCUUUCCAGACCAACAUGGGACUAAAUGGACUAAAUAAAUACUGCCCGGGCAUGGCGCCUGUUGGGAGCGCCACGGCUGCGGAGUUACUGUCAGGUCUGUCUUCCAAAGCAAGCUCUUCCGGAAUCAUGGUUUUAAAGAAGCAGCCGAAUGCUGGGCUGCCGUUCUAUAACGGCGGGACCGUGUCUCCGUCCGCAACCAUUGAGGGCAGCCACAGUGGGGUUUUGGCGCAAACUCCCAAUGGUUGUCCUCUGCAAGCCAGGGGGGUGGGGGAGACACCGAAUGGCCUUGCGCAACCCCUCGGCAACAGAGCACGCCUCCUGGAGAAUGGGGACAGAGCACAACAUGAGAAAUGUGCUCUUCUAAUGAAGAGGGCCAAUGGUGACCCGCAGGUCAAACCGCACCAUCGGAAGCGGAGAGGCGGAGAGAACCGGGACAUGGGUCUGGAGAUGCCCAAAGGAUGUGGCUUGUCAGCGGGGUCAGGUCUAGGAUCUCUAGGUAUGAUGUUCUACGGACCAGGAGAGUCGAUAACCCCGGACUGCAAACGGAGACUAGUGGCGGAGAGCGACGUUCACAAAGCAGAGCCCUCCAAACCAGGCAAGGCGGUUCCGCUCGCUGCUAAUGGCGACAACAGUGUCAACAAUAACCUUAGCAACCACAACCACGGCGCCACCCCUUACCCCCCUUUGCCCGCCCCUCACAGCAACAAGCUGCACCACAAUGUACACAAGGUGACACAGCUGAGCACCGGGUCCGUUCCAGACCAGACGUCCCCAGUAGAGUCCAACAGCAUCCCGUCUCUACGGUUACAGGCCGGGGAGGGCUGGUCGGCGGAGCAUAUCGCCCAGAAGUACAUUGUGCCUUGUAUGAAUUCCUACGGUAUCUGUGUGAAGGACAGUUUCCUGGGGCCACGGCUGGGUGAGUCCGUGAUGGGCGAGGUGGAGAGUCUGAAUCGCAGUGGGAAGUUCCGCGGCGGUCAGCUGGUUAGCCAGAGGAGCAUCCCUUCGCGGAGUAUCCGUGGAGACCAGAUCGCUUGGGUGGAGGGGCACGAGCCGGGGUGUGAGGGCAUCGCCACGCUGAUGGCACACAUCGACGAGGCCGUGAUGCACAGCGCUGCCAACGGGCAGCUGGGGGACUGUGUCAUCAACGGGCGCACCAAGGCUAUGGUGGCCUGUUACCCAGGUAACGGCACGGGGUACAUCCGUCACGUGGACAACCCUAACGGUGACGGCCGCUGCAUCACCUGCAUUUACUAUCUCAACAAGAACUGGGAUGUCAAGGUUCAAGGAGGUCUGCUGCAGAUCUAUCCAGAGGGGAAGAGUGUGGUGGCCAACAUAGAACCGCUGUUUGACCGUCUGCUCAUCUUCUGGUCCGACCGCAGGAACCCACACGAGGUUAAGCCAGCCUACGCUACACGCUAUGCCAUCACUGUCUGGUACUUUGAUGCCAAGGAGCGGGCCGAGGCCAAAGAGAAGUACAGAUUGGCAACCGGACAGAAAGGUGUUCAAGUGCCCGUCACUCAAAACAACAAAACCUAAAUCCCGUCCAACCCGUCCAACCCCCCCACGAGUGCUUUCUGGAUGUGCAUGUGCCUACCCGCGCUGCUAUUGGACAUUUUAUUCUGAGGGGAGACGCUGUAAACCCAGCAGGCCCUGCCCACUCUGUCUCUGUCAGUCGUCUGAAACAGCUCUUGAUUGGCUGUGAGGAAAUACGGCAGCAUCUGAUUGGGCGGUUGAGGGAAAGGGGGCGGAGAUGGAACACGGUGGAAUCAGUUGGUGAGAAGAGCGAGGUAGGGUCAGACUAACUCAGGUGGCAUAAGGGCCGAAGAGGAUGAAGAUGACUCAUCUUAAUCACAGAAGUAAAAAAAAAAAAAAAUUGAGACAAGGAACCGAUUGGACCGGCUCUUGUUUUUCAGUUUUUGCCCUUUCAAUAAUCAUCGCUGUUUAUAUUAUAAUCAGAAAGCAAUCUUCUCUGCUCAGCUCAGUCAAAAGAUGAGGGUAUUUUGUCCAAUCAGAAAGCAGGCCUAAGGAGACAGGAGCACCCUCUGUAUGGUCGGAGGAAAACGAUUGCAUCCGGUUUUCAGGGGAAAUGGAAAGCGAGCCUGUGACGCGACUUCCACUUUUGGACGUUAGCAAUCUUAACUCCUCCAAAUGUACUAGAUUGGUUCAACAGUGCAGAAGAGAACCUCCCCCAACAUUUUUGUUCUUUCUUCUCUCCCAUCAGGUUAGAACAGGACAGUUAGGGAAAUGUGUUUGGAGGUCCUGACCAUCACACACAUCGUGAGACAUCCAGCAUGUUGCCUCAGCUACAUCCAGCCGUCAAUCAACAACGCACCGUUAAAAAGGAAGUGACCUCACAGGAAAUGAACCUUUACAUAUCAUACAGCAGGGUGGCAUUCAGCUUCUCCCAGCAGUCAUGUUGCUGGAGAAACUGUUAGGGUUAGCCACCUGCCACCAGCGUACAGAGAAGACUGAAGACUCUCUUUAACGCAGAGAAGACUCUAUUCAACUCGACUUUUAACUCGACUAGUCAUACAGAUUAAGUGCUUUCACAGCCUCCUCAAUAAUGUUUGUUUUUUCGUGCGACAGCCAGUGAGAAUCUAAGGAGUGUGCCAUGUCGGGAACGCAAUGUAACAAUUCCAAGAGCGUGUUUUUGUUUGUGAAACGUUUUGAAGGCGGCGCCGACGCAAAGCUCACACAGACACUUCCACAAAAACACUGGAACCUGUGCAAGCCGUCGGUGGGUCGGGUCGAAACAGGGUUUGCUGAAUGUUUCUAGGGUGUAUUUUGUUAACGUGUGUACGACUGUGUGCAUCUGUGUACGUGCGUGAGGGAGUGUAAGAAGAUGUACUGUACAAGCAAACCUGUUUCUAGUACCUUAGUGGUCCCAAUUGCACCUGCAUGCCCCAACCCUACUGGUACCAAGACUAGAAGCUGCAUCAGCACUAUCAACAUCACCUACAGUGCAUUCUGGUCUACUCACACAUACAAUCGAUUGGACAUGGUUUACCACGACAUCUGAAUUGAACCUGACCCCAAACCCUCUGUCAACCUUGUUCAAUUCCACAGAAGCAAACGUUAAUGCACAGAAGGGUCUGUGUGAAAGACCAGAAGUCUCCACAAGAAUAGUAAACAAACAAAAAUUUGACCAACUGGGGACAUUUUGUUAGUCCCCAUAAGUAUAGUUCUAUGGGGUUAAGGUUUGAAUUAUGGUUAGUGGUUAAGGUUAGGUUUUGGGGUUAGGGGUUAAGGUUAGGUUUUGGGGUUAGGGGUUAAGGUUAGGUUUUGGGGUUAGGGGUUAAGGUUAGGGGAGGGAAAAUAGGAUUUUGAAAGGGAAUCUGUUUUGUGUCCCCACAAGGCUAGUUAAACAUGACUGUUUGUGCAUGUGUGCACCCUGGCCUUGAAUGGGGGUGAGGAUGCGCUUGACUUUGUGUUUGUGUGUGUGUGUGUGUGUGUGUGUGUGUGUGUGUGUGUGUGUGUGUGUGUGUGUGUGUGUGUGUGUGUGUGUGUGUGUGUGUGUGUGUGUGUGUGUGUGUGUGUGUGUGUGUGUGUGUGUGUGUGUGUGUGUUACAGACUGGGUAAGAGAGAAGUAAAAAAUAUCACUUUUCAGAAAUGCUAUCUGUAAAUGAUAACAAUGGAAAUGUAGAAAAUGCUUUUAUGCUGUGGAUAAUAUGGUUAUUGAGAUGCAAUAGUAACGAAAACAAUGAGAACAAAAUAAGUUGCCUAAUUUCUUUUCUGAAUUUUGCAGUAUUUAAUUAAAACGUGUUUUUGUAUAAGAA